GUUUUGAUUGGAUUUUGGGUACAGACGGGCCAAUGAUAUUUAGUCUUUCUAAAUUUUUUAGCAAUAGUGUGUCAGUUAAGUUUAAUGGUAAUACUAUUUUGUUCUGCACGUAGGUUUGCAAUCAUUUCUAAGAACGCUGUGUAUGUGAUAUUACUUGUGUUGGCGCCAUAUUGUCUUUCUUGCUCGAAUUGCAGCGUGUGUUGUAAAAAUGUCGGACAAUCAGGAACAGAAGCCUGAUGCCGGUGUAGGUGAUGCCAAUUCUGAAUAUAUCAAGCUGAAAGUGGUGGGAAAUGACUCCAAUGAAAUACACUUUCGCGUUAAAAUGACUACUCAAAUGGGAAAGUUAAAGAAGUCUUACAGUGAAAGAGUGGGGGUGCCGGUGAACUCGCUGAGGUUCUUGUUCGACGGCAGGCGAAUAAACGACGAGGAGACGCCCAAGCAGCUGGAGAUGGAGAACGACGACGUGAUCGAGGUGUACCAGGAGCAGACGGGCGGCUGGGGACUCUUCUGAGGGGGCGUCCCCUCGUUCGUGUGCCGCGAGACAAACAUUCCUGUGUAUUGGUCAUUAUUUUCUAUGUAUUUUUAGCACCGGCCACGUGAUGAUACGGACAUGCAUAAACAAACCAGUUAUUCUUUGAGUGAGCGGCAAAACAAAAUGGCUAACUUUUAAAAAAAGUAUGUUAUAACAGAUGUACUGUCAAACUUUUAGUAUUUUACCACCAUCAAUUGAGGUCUGUGAAGCUUAAGAUAAGCGUUAAUUACAGUUUAGCUUUUACUUUCGGUCAUUUGCCGAAAUUUACCUGCAUUUCCAGUGGUUAUAAUAAUAAUGAUGCAUCAUCUGGCAAGCUCUUGCAAAGUUUUUGUUUACGGAGAAUUUUCAGCAUGAUUUUUUUUAUUAGACUUUGCAUUUUGUGGAGACAUACUGGAGUUAGCGAGGAGAAGGCAGUAAUUUCUACCUAUGUGUUCAGUGACUGAAAAUUUAGUUGUGUAGUAUCCUUUUACCAUAAUUUUAUUCUUUCUUGAAUAUAAAAACACUGCUGAAAUUAUGCUAUAGAAUUGUUUUUUGAACUAUUUUAAGACUUGAGAAUAUUGUGAAUAUGUUGGAAAAAAAUUAGAUAUUAUUUUUUGCCUUGUAUGGAUUCAUUUGCUUAAUCCUAACUUUUUUUUUUGUAAAAUUCUAAAUUGUAAACCAAAAUAAACAUUUCCCGGUGUGGUGGUUGUCAUUUCUAUCAUAGUAAAUUAUGUGUACAGGAGGGCCAUACGUUGAAAGGAUCUAUAUACCUUGGAGCUGAUACCUAGGUUUCUUUAUCCUUGUAAUGUUAGUUAAAACAACCAUUGAACUGCCUGCAAAUGGAAGUGUGGUAGGCAUCAGCUGUGUAUGCAGAGAGAGCAAGAAAUCUUGAGCCUUCGUGAGCAAGUAGCAUCAAGCAGUGAUGGCAAUGUAUUGAUGUUGAGGUGAUUUUUGUAAAAUUAAAUUUAACUUAAAAGAACAA